CUUUCAGUUUCAGCAGGUUUCAGCCGUUCAGCAUCUAUGUUCAGCAUCAGCGACGCUAUCGCUCGAACGGUUUCGCUUCGUCGUCUCGUUGCAGAAUAGUGUUGUCAGCGCGCUAUUACCAGUUCCAGUGUUCUUGCACUGGAAACUCCGGUGUUCGACUGCAGUAACACGGUGUCAUCUAGCAAGACUACGAAUUUGGUGGGACUGAACAUUGGUGAAUCCGUGUGCCCUUCUUGAAACCGUGUACAUUGUGCUGUGUAGUGGUCUCCUCUUUCCUAAUUUCGUUCCGACUAGCUGUUUCCAUUUUGCGGCUUGCAGACAUGGAAGUCGAUGAAGUGCCUAACAAGGUGAUGGCAGCGUCUGGGACUACAGGCAGUGUGUCUGUCUCCUUGCAUCCACUCGUGAUCAUGAACAUAUCGGAGCACUGGACCCGUAUACGAGCUCAAGAGGGAAAGCCGCAACAAGUGAUUGGUGCUCUAAUUGGAAAGCAGAAAGGACGGAAUAUCGACAUAAUGAAUUCUUUCGAACUGGUGUUUGACACCAUUGAUGGGAGCAUAGUCGUUGACAAGGACUACUACACAACCAAAGAACAGCAGUUCAAACAGGUGUUCAGCGAACUUGACUUCUUGGGCUGGUACACAACUGGAGAGGCUCCCUGCGAGUCCGACAUCAAGGUACAUCAACAGGUGUGCAGCAUCAACGAGAGCCCAGUGUUUCUCAAGCUUAACCCGCAAGCACGACACACAGAACUGCCGGUAACGAUGUACGAGUCUGUCAUCGACCUGGUUCAGGGUGAAGCAACCAUGCUCUUUGUGGAGCUGCCUUACACGCUUGCCACCGAAGAGGCAGAGCGCAUCGGCCUCGACCACAUGGCUCGCAUGUCUGCAGCAGGGGAGGCUGGGGAAAGUUCGUUAGUUGCCCAACAUCUACAGGCGCAGCACAGUGCAGUGAAGAUGCUGCACGGCAGGGUGGGUCUCAUCUUGGAGUACGUACGCGGCGUCGCAAGUGGAGGCGGAAACAAAGAAGUCUUACGAGAAGCCUUCGCGCUGUGCCACCGCCUGCCCGUACUACGCUCUCCAGGCUUUCAGACCAAUUUCUACAACCAGUGCAACGACGUUGGCCUCAUGACCUACCUGGGCACCCUUACUAAAGGGUGCAACACCCUCAACCAAUUCGUCAACAAGUUCAACCUCCUGUACGACAGGCAGGGCAUGGGGCGCCGCAUGGGCCGCGGCCUUUUCUUCUGACGAGUAAAUUGACGUUCAUUGAGUGACUGCAACAA